UAAUAGGCAGAUCCAAAGUGUGUAUUUGUCUAUAUAUCUACUUAUAUUUAUUAAAACCAUUAAAAGCGUGACUUGCUGUUAAGCUGGCAGCUAGUUGUUGUCUUGUUGAUACACACCCACAUAUACGGCCAAUUGAUAAUUAAUAAUUGUUUGAUUGAUCAUCUUCAUCGUACCUCAUCGGAGACUGGAGAAGCUGGGCUUCUUAAUACCUGCGGCGAUUUUCCAAAUUCCGCGAAGAUCAAAGGUUCUCUUGUCGGGAAAUUGAAUAUAAAUUGGGAUGAGAAGAAGGACUCUUUGCGGAGGAAACGCUUUUACUUCGACAAAGCCCGUGCCUUUUACUGGGAGCGAGGUUCCUUACCUCGUAAGCCAGAAUGAAGACAAUGUAGCUGUGCAUAAAGCGUCAAUUGAGACUAAUCAUGAUAUGGCAAAUGUCAGAGAGGGUGUUUCAAAAGGAAAUUUAAAUAAUGACAUGGAUGAGGGUUCCAACAGAAGUUCUCAUGACUAUUUAGAUGAUGACGAUAUGCGUUGGAAUUUUUUGGGCAGAGAAAGCUGUUUCAGUUGUAAUGAAGUUGGAGAAGUGUUAGUUUGCGCUGAGAGAGAUUGCCCUAUUAGUCUCCAUGCGAAAUGUUUAUGCACUGAACCUAAAUUUGAUGAUAAGGGGAACUUCUACUGUCCCUAUUGCUGGUACAAACGAGCAUGGGCAGAGGCUCAGGAAUCCAGGAAAAAGGCCUUUUUAGCAAAGAAAGAUUUGUCUAAAUUCUUUACUCAAAAUGGACUCACGAGUGACAAACUGGCAGAGAAUGAUGUGGAAGUUAAGACAAGGGGGCCCAAAGAUGUCUCUGUUAUGGGAAAUGGGAGUGGUUUGGAUUAUCAUGGUAGGCCAGGCAAUAAGAGUGUUCCCAGUCAUCCUUUGAAGACUUUGCAAGAUCUUAAAAAACAAGGGGAAAGAUUGAUGGCUGGUACUGAUCAAGAUGGGAUAGUAGUUGAACAUACAGCCAAUGCAAAUGGUCCGGAAGCUAAUAUUUAUGUUUCUAAACGUUAUACAGAAGAAAACGCACCUGUACAUACAAAUCUGGAUCAUAAAUCUAGUAACAGGGAGGAAUUUGAUAUUCUCAAUAAUAACAUUUCCAAAACACGUGAGACCAGAUUUGUUGAAGGACAAGAGGGAGUAAAACUUGAAGAUAUAAGAUAUAAUAAUGAAUAUGUUUAUGCAAUGUUUGAUGAGGAUGUAAAACCUUUGACUGCUUUCCGUUUUGGUGAACCCUCAGAUGGACACUUGCCUGAUUAUGCAUUCUCCAAAGGGAUGCAAGAAGGUAAUGAAGCAUAUGUAGAUAUGGGCAGGGUGAAAGAUAGAGAAAAGUUAGUCCAGAAUAAAUUAAAUCUUCCUGCAACCGAUUGUUCUGCUAGGGGAACUGGUGAUUCAGAUUUUGAGCCUCUGCCCAUGAAGGAGAGUCAUGUAAAACAAGGGGGGCAAAGGACAACAUAUACUCAGGGAGUUUCUUCUGUUAAAUCAUUGCCGUUGAAGAGUAGAACUGGGAGUAAAAAUGCUCGUUGCAAAAAUGAAGUUGUUGCCAAUUCUGAAACUUCAGGGCUACCUCAGAGGUCUUCUAUGCAGUGUUGCAGCCAGAAGCUGGCUUCAGAAACUGGAAAGCGCAAGAGAUUAAAAUGGACAGUUGAAGAAGAAAAUAUGCUGAGGUUGCACAAGGCUUUCUUGCCUUCGUUCACAGCAUCAACUUUGGUUCUCACACUGCAGGAAGGAGUGUUAAAGUUCUCGAUGGAACAGCAGAGUAUCCCUUGGAAGAAAAUUUUAGAAUUUGGUUGUCAUGUAUUCCAUAGCAAGCGUAACACUUCCGAUCUGAAAGAUAAAUGGAAACAUAUGAGGGUAUGAACGCCAAGGAAUGCAACUUGCUGUCUGUAGAUUUCAUAGAAUUUUUUUUUUCCUAGAUCAACUAAAUAGGCGAGUGUUUCUUUGUUAAUUUCUGGGUGACCCUCAUGUUUUGUCACUCUUGAAACUAUACAUAUGUAUAUAUUCCCCCCCCCUCCCGGAACUAGUGGCUUUAAGAUCCAAAGAACAAAAAACGGACCGAACUAGCCAAUGGUCCAGUUUGGUUUGGAUAUUGAACCCGAGGAAGUUGAAUCAGUGGUGAACUGGUUUGGAUGAUUAUGUUGUUAUUUGUCUUA